UGUAGUCAUGCCUGAGGUUGUUAACAGAACUUCUGCGCGGCACCAAAAUCACUCUUUCCUCCGAUCAGCUACAUCUGCUAAUUCAGCUUCCAUUGUUUGUUGAUCUUGAGAGCAAUCCCUCCUUUGUUGCUCUUUCACUUCUAAAGGCAAUUGUUAACCGCGGGCUAGUUGUUCCUGAGAUAUAUGAUCUUGUAACAAGAGUUGCAAAUUUGAUGGUAACAAGUCAAGUAGAACCAAUUCGUCACAAGUGUAGCAAGAUUUUAUUGCAAUUCUUACUUGAAUAUCGUCUCUCUACAAAACGUUUGCAACAACAUUUGGAUUUUCUGCUGUCAAAUCUGAGGUAUGAGCAUUCAAGUGGAAGGAAAACUGUGCUUGAGAUGCUCCUCACAAUUAUUGUUAAAUUUCCACAAAACGUUGUAGAUGAGCAGUCACAGACCUUUUUUGUCCAUUUGGUGAUUUGCUUGGCUAAUGAUCAAGAUAAUGAAGUUCGUUCCUUGGCUGGAGUUGCUAUAAAAUGUCUCAUUGGCUAUAUAAGCUCACAUUCAUUUCGUUCCAUUCUUGAGUACAGCCUAUCUUGGUAUUUGGGUGGGAAGCAGCAAUUAUGGAGCGCUGCAGCACAGGUUUUGGGACUUCUGGUUGAAGUCAUGGAUAAAGAAUUUCAGAAGCAUGUCAAUAAAUUAUUGCCAGUUGAAGACAUGGAGAAAGAAUUUCUUAAGCAUAUCAACAGAAUAUUGGCAGCGACUAAGAGUAUCUUACUGUCUGCCAUUGAUAGAGUCACUGAUGAGCAACUAGACUUUUCUAAUGAAACUAGCAUUCCUUUGUGGAAGGAGGCAUAUUAUUCGUUAGUUAUGCUGGAGAAAAUGCUGCAUCAGUUUCGUAGUUUAUGCUUUGAUAGGGAUCUUGAGGAUAUAUGGGCAGCAAUUUGUGAAAUACUUCUGCAUCCACACAUGUGGUUACGCUGCAUUUCCAGUCGCCUUGUAGCUUUGUACUUUGAUGCUGCCAAAGCCGCCUCUAAAGACGAUGGAAAACCAUUAGGAAUUUACUAUCUUAUUAGACCAAGUAGACUUUUCAUGAUAGCUGCGUCUCUCUGCUGCCAAAUGAAGACACAACUCAAUGAUGAUGCUGCCAGCAAUCUGAUUACUGAAAAUCUUGCAUUCAGUGUUUGUCAUGUGCAUUCAUUGAUUGGACAAACAGAGUGUGCUGAUCCACAUCAAUUCUGGUCCAACCUUGAACAGCAUGAGCAAGCCCAUUUUCUUCGAGCUUUUGAGUUGCUCGAUGCUAGAAAAGGAAGGAGCAUGUUUUUAUCCCUUACCUCUGGUAUAUGCGACCCAAAUGAUGAAAGCGCCUCUAAGAAUAUCCGAUACUUGCUCGUCUCUAACCUGCUCAAAAAAAUGGGCAAGACUGCCCUUCAAAUGGAGGCGAUUCAGAUGAAAAUUGUCUUUGAUAGUUUUCAAAAAGUUUCAUCCUAUUUAAGUGAGGAAGACUGCCGGCUUUAUGCCUAUGAAAUCUUGCUGCCGUUGUAUAAAGUUUGCGAAGGAUUUUCUGGGAGAGUGAUUCAUGAAAAUACGAAGCAGUUAGCACAAGAAGUUACUGACAGCAUACGAAAGAAACUAGGCAUCCAAAAGUUUGUACUAGUUUACGGUGACAUCAGGAAGAAUCUCAAGGCGAAAAGGGAUAAGAGGAAAAACGAAGAAAAGCGCAUGGCUGUCGUUGAUCCCAUGCGGAAUGCUAAGAGGAAACUGAGGAUAGCAGAGAAGCAUCGGGCCAACAAGAAAAGGAAAAUAAUGUCGAUGAAAAUGGGGAGGUGGACACAUUCGAAGCCAAAGUAAAUGUUGCAAAAAACCGAUGCACUUCUUGGACGAGCACGUAGGUGGCCCCAACUCCGGUGACUCUGUCGGCUUCGGUGGUUAGGCGGUUACGGUAUUAACAGUUUUGCUUAAGGUAGAUUUCAUGAGAAAUGUUGAGAGGCUUGGUGGCACUUAUUUUUGUUUCCUUUUUCCCUCGUUAUUUUUUGUCAAGUCAGAACUUGAUGUAAAUAACAUUUUAAGAUGAGGAGACAUGAUGAACUGGCAGUAUUUAUA